AACCCCAGUCUAGUUGGCUCCGUCUGUCAGACAUGGCAAGCAAAACGGUAAGCGAUAAAGCAAAAUGGCGCAGAAGAAAAUUUCCUAAAACUGUCGAUGAAGAUAACGACUGCGCGAGUCUUGCUUGGCUUCUGAACUUUCGUUUGGAUGAAUUUGUAAACGUCAAGGUGCCAGAUGACGAGCCCGUGGAAGCGCUGAGAGAAGUCAUAGAAGAUUCACCACCAGCGGCCAAGAAACCUCCAUAUACAUAUCCCGAGCUGAUAGAAAGAGCAUUGCGAGAAAAGGGUGAAUUGACCGUGUCUGCUAUUUAUCAAUGGAUUUCGGAUCGAUUUCCGUUCUAUAAGGCGAACGAUGAGCGCUGGAAGAACUCCGUGAGGCACAAUUUAUCUAUCAAUCCACAUUUCCGUAAGGGUGCCAGGGCGUCCCAGGGCGCCGGUCACCUCUGGUCUCUUGCAGCUAAUGCAAUAGAUCUACUACCGUUACGAAACCAGACAUAUGAAAAGACUGACGUCCAAGAAACCCAAAUAAUUGAAUGUCCCAAGGUAAUAGUUUUGGAUGAGGCCGCAAUAGCCGCAGCGAGCAUAAUGCCGGAUCAGGACUUAUUCACCGGCGGUACAAUGUUCCUAAAUCCUGUUUCUACGGAACAAGUGGUACGUGAAUGUGGUCUCAUCACAGGACUUUGAGGUCACUUUGAUUUUUAGCAUAAUUUUUUUUUAAUUUUAGAUCACUCUCCAACAAAAUUUUUAAAUAGUAAUGUUUAUAUUGAUGUAUGUAUAUUUUUUUUAUUUAUUCGAAUAACAUAAUAAAAACUUUACGUUAGAAUAAUUUGUUUAUGCUAGUCACUAAGAGUGUUAUUAGAAAGUAAUUGGCUUAAAAGUAACAUGAGAUGAAAAAUCGAAAAAUUAUGCGCAUUUGGCCCAUUAACUUGGUUGUUUUACAAUAAGAGUUUUGCCUAAAACAAAAUUGUAGAAAUAAUCUAACGCUCGAUGAUGCUGGGAAUGUGGUUUUACGUUAUACUUUUAAAUUUUAAAGCUAACGUUUUAAUGAAUAAAUACGUCCAAAUGUCAAAUUCUUCAUUAACUAUCAAAAUCAGUUAGAUUGAAUUAAUUCUAUUACAGGGCUGCUUUUGACUCCCGUUAAAUAAAUUUUACUUUAUUAAAUGUCACUAUCAGCUACAUUUAUAUAUUGUACUUAUUAAAAUCACUACUUGAAGCAUAUUUGUUGAAUUAGCUACGUUAUUGCAUGACUAAUUAAGGGAUUUGAGUAAUAUGAUUUGUUUUACAUAUAAUUUGUUUGUUUGUAUAGCAUUCGUGGUGAUCGCAUUAUUGAAUUAAAUUAGAUAAGACUAGUAUGUUGAUGGGAACGUUUUAAUAAAUUGUACAACAUUAA